UGGGGUCACACAACCCGUGACCUCUGUAUGCAAAUUACCUACCCGGAAGUAAAGAGAGGCGAAGGUGUCCAAAACAGAUCAUGACAUGAAAAGAAGAAAAGACCACGUACCUGUCCACAGGGCGUGUUGAGACGGACACGCGGCGUUAAAAGCCAUACCUGUACAAAACUCUAGAUCUGCGAUAUGUCAUCUGGGGACUCUUACAUUCAUUUACCACAGCAGGUACCUAACACAGACCAGGGAACCAUGGCAGAAAACUUUAAACCCAAAAAAAUCCACAUCGGCACAGACUUGAUCAAGGCAGCCAAGUAUCAACUGGGGUUCCUGAAAGAGGUUGACCAACACCCGAUGCUGUACGAGGGUCUCCAUGUCGAGAACGCCAUCAGGAGGUACGAGCAGCUGUGGCUGCCGCUGGUGGCUAGGGUCGGCACCAGGGGGAUGUCCCCGCCUCUGGAUGUCCACUGGGUGUGGCAUGUGCACAUGCUGGCGCCUCUGCACUAUGAGGCAGACUGCAACAGCAUUAUCGGCAAGCUGAUAGACCACCACAUUCCAGAAAACAAGUCUUCGUUCCAGAAAGGGCUACAGGCAGCGCAGGCGCAGUGGGACAGGGAGUAUCCGUCUGAGCCGUUCCACGUCAGUUACAUGAUAUUACAAAAACACAUGUUGAAAAAUCAAAAUGUGGACUUGACCAAUCCUCCGCCCAGUAAAGCCGUGCCCACCGCUCCAGACUCCCGGAUUUCUUACGACCUCCGCUCAGCCAUCUCCCGUCAGAGGGUGUUCUACUACCAGGUGUCGCUUCCACAUUUCAGGGAUGACGGCUUUCUCGAAGAAGCGGUGUUGAGGUACAAGAUGCUGUUGUUUUUGAAGAAGACGCACCCCCAAAAGUUCCUCGUUCCCUGCUACGACAUGGAUCUCAUCUGGCAUGCUCACCAGAUCAACCCAGUCAUAUACAAGUCUGACACUGAGACUCUCCUCGGAAAGACAUUCAACCACGAUGACUCCGUGAACGACCGCAGCCCCGGGUCCAAGCUUAACUCGUCAGAUGAGCAAACUCGAGCCCUGUGGAAAACGGCAUUUGGUAGAGAGUUCCCCGUGAGUGGCGCCAUGUUCCGGGGCCCUCCCCCCGGCCGGGAUGUCCACAAGAUGUCCCGCGAGCUGGUGUUCGCCAUCACCGUCAAACGGUGCAGCGUCGUCGUUGAAAAAGCCGAAGUGCACAACGUACCCCCGGACGUGACGAAACCUCUGUGCCUGAAGAUCAAGAGCAAGAAAGAUAGUAGUGUAAGCUUGAAGCAGAUCCCCUCAGGUGGCCGCCUCACCUGGACGUCCGAGUCACCCAGCGGGCUGAAGACGUUUGACUGGGGGAAGUCUACCCACCUCUGUACCAGGCUGAACAACGCUACAACAUUCCAGUGCUUGGCUGGGGAGCCGCUGACUAGACACGACUUUGACCUGCGCGCAACUGUCCAUGGGGUUCCCGAAUCGGGCACCCGAAUGGACAUGAGGAGCGAGCGAACGGACAUGCCGAUCUCCCUGUCGCUCGGGAUCGUACCGAAGGAGUGGGGAGAGGUUCGCCUGACCACGAACUUCGGCACCUGGGCCCGGUCUCCGCUCUCCCCGGAAUACCUGUCCACUCUCCCGCCCAUGGUGCUGGGGCCGGACGGAGCUGCCUACACGUUUGAAAUCGCUACUCACGAAAUUUUAGACGUGAUGGGUCGCCUGGCCUUCAGGUGCAGAGUGGUGCACUCCGUGGAGCUGAAAACCGCCGUGGUGCAGGUCAUGUACCCCGGGCCUGACAGAUGGGAGCUCACUGCAGAGGCGUUCCUCAUCCGUAACGAUACUGUACCAACUCCAGGACAGCUGCGUGCCCCGGCCGCCGUGCCCACCAUGGAGCCUACCGACUGCGCCAUGCUGGUCCGGAACGGCCACGACUGGGGCGUGGUCAUCGGCAGGUGGGAGAACUUCCGGCGGGGCGUGCCGGGCACACCUGGCGUCAAGGGCGUCAGCGGAACACAGGACACCGCGGCCGUCAAGGGGGUCAAGGGCACCCCGGGGGUGAGGGGCAGGCCUGGUAACCUGGCCAUCAGAUUCUACAACUUACAGACCGGUGAGGUAGAGAAAGCCGAGGCCACCCCGGGAAACAACUUCACCAUCCGGCUGAGGAACCUGACGGUGGACCUGAGGACGGGCGAGGUGACGAUCCCGCCCCAAGUGACUGACGUGGCGGAGGGCGUGGCCACGGCCUUCUCCAUCGCGGUCAUGUGGGUGCUGUUACAGCCGAGACCGCAAGGAGGCGCUGCAGCUGCCGCACCUGCCAUACGGGGGUCUCAGCCAGUCAAGUCUAUGGAUAUGACGUCACUGUUGAUGGUGGUCGGUGCAGGGUACUUCCUGAAUGCAGUCGCCCAUCCGUCCACGGGUAGUGGGGAUGUGAGCGGGUGUGGGGGGUGUGGGGGAUGCGGGGGAUGUGGAGGUUGUGGAGGUUGCGGGGGGUGUGGGGGCUGUGGUGGGGGCUGUGGCGGCUGUGGGGGUUGCGGUGGCUAA